AUCGUGCAAUCCAAAUUACAGUGACACAAUGCACUCAGUAAAACUUACGUGCUGCUGAAAAAAAUCCAAAAAAGCAGGUAAAUGGUAAAGCCGCGAGGAAACCAGAGAAAUAAAACUGGCCCUGCUAAAGAAAGCACAAACGACCUUAAAGAAAAGUCCACAAAAAUCAUCAAAAAUGUUGAAAGCGUACUUGGUUCCUUAUUAGGCGAAGAUACAAUAUUUAUUCCGUGUCUCCAGGGAUGAGGCUGCUCUCUCUAUUGUCCUCCCUUUCCUCAAUGCUGAUGCUUAAUUUUCAAAACUUCUAUAUUACCAAGGGACCUACGACAUCAGCCGGAGAAAUACCCAGCAAGUACAAAAUCCGAGCCAGGGAGCGCUUUGUGCAGAGGGGAGGCAUUUCAGCCUUUUACCGACCGCGCGAGGCGACAUUUCAUUUUCACGCGCUAUUUUGGGGAUUUUUUUUCUUUCUUUCGUCCAGCAGCGCGAGGAAAUCGGGUUAUUGGAUCGCGAGAAUGUCAGCCACAUUUCCGGGACUGGUGCACGACGCGGAGAUACGUCACGACGGAUCAAACAGCUACCGUUUGAUGCAACUCGGAUGCUUGGAAUCUGUGGCCAACUCGUCUGUCGCUUACUCUUCAUCGUCUCCGCUUACAUACCCAGCUACCGGAACCGAAUUUGCCUCCCCGUAUUUUCCCACGAACCAGUACACGCCCUUACACCACCAGUCCUUCCACUACGAGUUCCAGCACAGCCACCCGGCCGUGAACCCGGACGCGUACUCGUUAAACUCUCUCCAUCACUCGCAGCAGUAUUACCAGCAGCUCCAUCACGGCGAGCCGGCGGACUUCAUCAACCUUCACAACGCCCGUGCGCUCAAGUCCUCGUGCCUGGACGAGCAGCGGCGGGAACUGGGCUGCUUGGACGCGUACCGUAGGCAUGACCUGUCAAUCAUGAGCCACGGCUCUCAGUACGGCAUGCACCCCGAGCAAAGACUGCUGCCCGGGGCGGGUCUGGGGCUGCCGUCAACGGGAGCCGAUGACCUACAGGGAUCUGUAGACGCGCAAUGCGGACUCGUGUUAAAUGGACAAGGUGGAGUGAUUCGAAGAGGUGGCACGUGUGUAGUGAACCCUACAGACCUUUUCUGCUCUGUACCAGGAAGACUUUCUCUACUCAGCUCUACCUCAAAGUACAAAGUCACCAUCGCUGAAGUCAAACGCCGCCUCUCUCCUCCAGAGUGUCUCAAUGCUUCACUACUCGGUGGGAUAUUAAGAAGGGCCAAGUCAAAGAACGGCGGUCGGUGCCUCAGGGAGAAACUGGACAGGUUGGGACUCAAUCUCCCGGCAGGCCGCAGGAAAGCGGCAAACGUCACGCUGUUGACCUCUUUAGUGGAAGGGGAAGCGCUACAUCUGGCUCGGGACUUUGGCUACACCUGUGAGACAGAGUUUCCCACCAAAGCGGUCGGGGAGCAUCUCGCCCGCCAGCACACGGAACCAAAGGAACAGAACGCGCGCAAGAAAAUGGUGCUGGCCACCAAGCAGAUCUGUAAGGAAUUUCAGGAUUUGUUAAGUCAGGAUCGAUCUCCGCUCGGUUCCUCUAGACCCACACCUAUUCUGGACUUGGACAUUCAGAGACAUCUAACACACUUCAGUCUGAUCACGCAUGGAUUCGGUACUCCGGCAAUUUGCGCGGCUCUUAGCACCUUUCAAACCAUUCUCAGUGAAAUGCUUAAUUACCUGGAGAAACACUCAGCCAAUAAGAGCACAGGAUCGCCGGACACCAACCAGAUCAACUCCAACUCGGACAAAACACUGCGCAAAUCCACAGAGGCACCGACAAAAGAUGGCAAAAUCGAGAAAACAGAAUGACUCUGACGCAGGAGUGGCCGCUUUCCCACUUCCUGAUCCGAGCCCUGAUGGGCGGGCCUCAUUCAGGGCGUGGCUACUAGGGGCGGGGUUCCAGGGUUUUUAUUCCAUAUGCUUUUAUUUAUAUAACUGGCAUAACUUCCUAUGACCUCAGCUUUCCCUGUACAUCGGUCUGUCUGUAUGUACAAACCAGUCACGUCAUUCUCACUGCCUGGCGAACACCAACCAUUUUAUAAGUUAUUGAAGAAGUUAUUUUGCUUAAAGUUUGUCUGUAUGUAAUUAGUUUAAAUAAUGAUUUUAAAAAUGCAAUCUUUUAUCUAUCUUUUAUUAAAAGACUCACAUUCCAUUUCUGGCAAGGCCUAAUUUGAGGUCAGUUUAAGACUGUAAAUUACUACAGGUAACUUUUCCCUGUUAGUUACUGUAUAUUGUGCAUGUUAAACUUUGAACACCAUCUGAAACUGACAUUCCUCACUGUUGUUCCAGAACACAAACUCUUGACUGCAUUUGUAAAAAAAGUUAUAUAUAAAUAUAUAAAUUCAAUCUUUUCUUGUAGGCUUUGAACUACGUAUAUGAAAUAACCCUACAUGCAAACUACUGGUGUUCAAUAAAGCAUAUUGCUCAAAGUCUUAUAUUAAC